AUGGCAGUUGGUGAGAGGGAUUAUAUUUGGGAAGCCAAAGAAAAGAGUCCUGCAACUGAAAAAGGGCAGAAGAGUUUCGAAGCCAGUGAAUUUAGCAAUCAAUAUCAAAGGGAAGAAUAUAAUCUGAACAACCUCCUGAAGCCGAAGGUUGGAGGUCCUUCUUUGCAACUGAACAUGGGUUUCGAUGACGCUUGCUGUUCCAAGAAGAGAGAAAGAACGGAGAAUCCUAGCAGUUUAAGAAAAGUUUCGUCCUGCAGAAACAAGAGAUCUAAAAUUGAGAGAGAAGAAAGUUGUAAGGCCGUUGUGACUGAAUUGAGGCCUGGCCAUGAUACUUGGUGCAUUAAAAAGCAGCUUUUUGAAAGUGACCUCGGCAACAUGUCUAGGCUCUUGUUGGCAUCGAAGGUCGUAGAAUCUCAUAUUUUUCCCUUCUGGAAUGCUGAUCAACUUACGAAAGCUAAGGAAGGGUUGCCAGUUUCUGUGUGGGAUUGUGAUACAAAGACUGAACAUGAGAUGAUUUUCAGGCAAUGGAACAAUGGGGCCAAUGUGCUCAUCAAGAAUUGGAUCAAGGACUUUGUGAAGAGGAGGGAACUGAAGCUUGGUGACGAAAUUGGCCUUUACUGGGACGGUUGCAGUUCAAGAUUCAAAUUUUCUGUUCUUAACCAACCUGCAAGGCAUUAA